AUUAUUUUUUUCUAGAUUUUGUGCCUGCUAAAAAUGACGAAAGUUCGUGGUAAAAAUUUUACUGAUAAAGAAAAGGAACUUUUGGUUUCUCUUAUUGAAGAUCAUCCUAAAAAAGAGUUAACAACGAACCGAAACAACGACAAAGAUACUUCUAUUGCUAAGAAGAACUUCUGGUGCGAAAUUGCUCAAAGUUUCAAUAACGCUAGCGGAAAUGAAACAACUUUCAAUGGUGACCAGUUGAAAGUUUGUUUUAAAAACAUGGUAACUCGUGCUAAAAAUGCUCAAGCGGAAAACAAAAAAGAAACGAUAAAAACGGGUGGUGGUCAAAAGGAAAGUGAAAUCGGUUCAAUCAAUAGUAAAGUUAUUAAUGUGAUUGGAGAUACCAUAAAGCCAUAUGACAACCAAUUUGAUUCAGAUGCCAAGUUCUUUUCUCAAUCAGAGGUGCUUACUCUGGAUGAUGAAAAUGAAUCAUCCCAAAUUACGCUAGCGUCAACUAAACAGCCAGUGAUGGAACAAAACAAAAAAAGAAAAUAUGCUUCGAUAGAGGAGAAAAAUGUUUUUAUUGAGAAAAUGGAAUUGGAAAAGUCUGUUUUGAUGCAAAAGAUGCAGAAUAUGAAAAGAAAACAAUUACUUCUUGAUCUUCAAAUUAAACAAGUACUUGCAUCCUCUGGAAUAGAUUACUCGGUCGAUGUUGAAAGUACGCUAGCGGACCUUGGCUCAAAUUGAUUUAUUA